GUAUAGUUAUAUCUAUUUCCUUAAUUUCAUCAAUAAAAUUAGAGUUUUAUAACAGAUAUGUCAAAGAAACCUUCUAAGGUUGGAGAGUAAAUAAUAGUUACAGAAUCCAAAGAUAAAAAAGCAGAGUAGCCCAAUAAUUAGCCUUAAAAGGAUUAAGGGUAAAACGCAUAAAAAAGCUAAAAGGAUUUAAAUUAGAAAUAAAAUGCAAAUCAGCCUUAAUAGUAAUCAAAAACAAAUUUAUAAAAUCAAGCUUAAAAUGAAGCAUAACAACAAAAGCAACCUUCUAAAAGCAGUAUCGAUGAAGGAAAUAAGAAAAAACAAUCUGUAGACGCAUCUGCAGUUUAAAAAUCUCAAAAAAAUGACGAUUAAACACCCUCAGUUGUUUUGUCACAAAAAAAUAAUUAGAAUGCAACAUCUUAGUCGUAGUUAAACCAACCAAAUACACCCAAAGAUUCAAAUCCUUCAAUUAUUAUUUCUCAAUAAGAACUUCCAAACGAAAAAUCUAAAAGCAAAAGUAGCAUUUCGAAUAAAUCAGGAAUUGCUGCAGGAGGAGAGUCUAAUCAAUUAAAGGGAAUAGUACCGAUUCCAGAAGAAAAGCCACCUUAAAAAUAGAAUAUUUUAUUUGAAACUGGAUUAGUUGAUGCUUAUGAUUAUUUCUUAAGGUAGCUUUGUAAAAAUGGUCUUCCAACUGGUAAUAUAUUUGAGUAUGCUGCUUAAGAAAUUUUGAAAUAUGAGAAAAAAAAGAAACAAGACAAUUUAAAGAAACUUUACUAAAGAACAGGCUCUCCCCUAAAUAGAACUUAAGAAAACAGCCCUAAAUCAAGUCCUAAAAAAGGAGAAAACAAUAGAAAUGAUUCAAUAGACAAAGGCAAUAAUAAAUCCACUAAAGAUUCUCAAUUUUUGAAAGAAGCUAAUUCUAAAACAAAAGAAAAAAAUGAAGAUUAAAACCAAAAAUAACAGCCUGGAAAAUAAACCCUUUAAAAAGAUCCUAAAGUAGAUGAUAAAAAAGUUAUCAGUAAAGAUAAAGUGAAAGAAGAACCUUAAGAAAAAAAGAAAGUAUAAGAAAAGGAUGAAAAUAAAAAGUAGCCUUAAAAAGAAGAAAAAACAAAAGCUUAACAGUAACAACCACCUGCACCAGCAGCUCAAAAGGGAAAAAAAUGA